AUGGGAAAUGGAAAAUGGGAAAUGGUCAACGGGGAAUGGUCAACGGUCAAUGGUCAAUGGCAAAUGGUACAAGGAGAUCUUCCGGUAGAUAUAUUAAAGUAUCAUUUGGAUGGAGGAUCCAUCGAUCUUGUGAUGGGAAGAAAAAGGAGGGGGAGCAUGGGGAGAAUGGAGAAAAAGGGGAAAUAUGGAGAAAGGAUAUGGAGAAAGGGAGAGAGGGAGGCAAAAAGGAAGAGAAGACAGGAAAAGGGAGAGAAGACAGGAAAAGGAAGAGAAGACAAGAACAAGAAAAAGAAAAAGAAUAAAUAA